ACAAGUUAGUUUACUGUAACUGGGCUGCGUUCUUAGUCGCCAACGUAAAUACUGUUUUUGCGUCCGCCAAAAGAAGACUAUUGAUUGAAUUUUUCUACAUUGCAAGAUUAUGUUUGCCUACAAACGACUUUUUCUUCAUUGGAAAGGUAUCGAGCAACAUUCGGAUUGAGAAUGUCUGAUCGGCACCCCCUACUGACCAGACACGAGACUCCGGUCGACUGCAUGGUCAUAACGAUAUGUACCGUCACUGGAGGUUAAUUCAUGUACCGCAAUGUGAAGCUCAAAGGAGCUAUUCUGUGCACCCAUCUCCAAUUACCUAGGUAGGUAUGUUCCACAGAUCAUGAUGAUGUCAUUCCUCGUUCUUCUCUGAUGAAAUCAUUCCCUUCGGGUACCUAAUCAACGACCACGGGGGAAACAGCUAGAACACCAAAACCUUCUUUGUACUCGAAAAGACGCACAAGAAAAAGAAGAUCAAAUCGGGGACACGACAAUAUUCGCUGUAGAAUAUGUCAGAUACAAAUAAGUCGAACGAAACGGCUGGUGAGCCGCUGUCCACCAAGAACCGAGUCCUUUUGGCAGGUGCAGCAGCUAUGCAGGAUUUCGCCCCCGUGAACAACAUAUGCGCGCAUCUCAACGCCUUUCACGUCUACGCAUCAGACACCAGCCGCUUCGUCGAGGCGAACCACUACUGCGGCCACGUGAACGACGAAGUGCGCCAGUGCAUCCUGUACGACAAGCCGGGCCCCGGCGCGCGCAUCAUCGGCAUCGAGUACAUGAUCACCCCGCGGCUGUACGAGACGCUGGACCGCGCCGAGCGCCGCCUCUGGCACUCCCACGUCUUCGAGGUCAAGUCCGGCAUGCUUAUAAUGCCGCAGCCCGCGGGCUCGCUCGUGCCGGCCGCUGCCUGGGAUGCCGUCGAGAACAAGGAGAUGGAGCAGGUGGUCGAGCUGUACGGCAAGGUUUAUCAUCUGUGGCAGGUCGACCGCGGCGACGAGCUGCCGCUGGGCGAGCCGCAGCUCAUGACGAGCUUUACGGCGCCGGGGCAGUUUGAUUUUGACAAGCACGUCCGGGAAAGGGAUCGCAAGUUUGGUGUCGACUAUGACAGGAAGGCGGAGGCUAGGAAGGAUAUCAAGGAGCCUCAGAUUCACCCCGAUGCUGAUGCUGCGUGGCAAAAGCCUAGCUCUUGAUUCUCGUUGUACUUAUCCAGGGUAAUCCGGGUUGGGAGUUAAUAUUAUAGGCGGUCAAGGCUUACAAAACCUCAU